AUGGCCGAACCUCGUACGGCAGACGCCGUGGCGGGUACCACCGCUAUGGUUGAGACGGCCAUACGCCCAAGAAAGGUCCCGAGUACCAUGGAUGAAUAUAUCAAAGCGGUUCAGCGACGACGUGCAGAAUUCCAUCCAAGUGACGAAGCACGUACGACGCAGCGUGGUUAUGUCGUGGAUCCAGUCGGUGCCGCGCCGCAUGGUGCGCCUAUCCAUGCGAUGACCAUGAGUCUCGAUGCGAGUAUCCUAUUGACAGGUGGGGCUGAUGGCUAUGUACGAUGGUAUGACCUGUUUGCCAGUUUGAAUGGCAAGAAUAUGCUAACACAAAACCUGCGCAACACGUUUGUGGAAGGCGUGUCCAAAGGUGGUGUGCUAACAACCUGGUGGGGCCAUUCACACUGGGAAACGGACGAGGACAUGCAGCAGGCACGCGAUGUGCCCUACAGCCCUGUGCACAGCCUGGCGUGCCAACGCGAUGCCCUUUGGGGCGUUAGCGGCGGCGAGGCAGGCCACAUCAAUUUAUGGGGCCUGCGGCAUGGGCCUGGGUCGACCCGCCAUGUAUUUCGGCAGCACAAAGGCCCCGUAUCGGCCCUAGCACUCGAUCCUACAGAGACCUGCCUCCUAAGCGGAGGUUGGGAUCGAGGUGUGCACCAAUGGGAUUUGCAGACUGGCAAGAUUGUCCGAUCCUAUGAGGGUCAUUCUGGUCAGAUCUCCGAUGUGGUGUUUCGUCCUACAGGCACGCCCUACCCCUCGUCAUGGGCCUCGUCGCCAGAAGAAGCGAACGACGAGUUGGAUGUGGACAUGUCGCUCAUCAAAGAUUCGUCGCCGCAGGCGGACGACGAGCUGGAGAAAGAGCUUAAGCGCACCCUAGCCGAGGAAACAAGCUCAGACAAGUCUGACGAGCAGGACCCUGCGUUGGCCUCCGAUCGCGAUGCAGACGGCGAGGCAGAAGGCGAAGCAGACAACGACUCGCUCUUUGGUGAUGAAGAAGACAAAGACGGGGUGGAAGACAAGAUGCAUGUGGAUGAAGAGGAGGAGGAUGGCGAUGCGGAUGGCGAUACCGACAUGGACGAGCCACUGGCCAAAGAGACCAAGGCAGAGACAUCUGCCGAUGCCAAGCUUACGUUGCCCACCAAGCCCACGAGCACUGGGAUUUCUUUGGUAUUGCCUGGACAGCGUGCUGAUGACGCGCCGAAGGCCCCUACCGCCUCAAACCCCACGCCGGCGCUCAAAGAAACUGUGACCAAGUCGCUGCCGAAACCUCUUUUUGGCUCGAUGAAUGUCUCCUGGCAGUACGAUGCGGAUGUAUCGACAUUCAGCAGUGAUGUGAUGCUGACAAGCACUCUCUCCGGCCAAGUACUGCUCUGGGAUCGCCGUGUAGAUACCAAAAACAAGCAUGGCGUCCGAGCGUUGGCCCUUCCCCAAGGCACGCCGCCAUGGUGUGCCGGUGUGUGCUGGAACCACGCUGGUGAUAAGAUUUAUGUCGGGCGACGCAACGAGACGGUAGAAGAAUGGGAUGUGCGGAUGCUCCCCGAUGCUAGUCGUCCAGAUACGGUGGAUCGAUCCCAGUUUGGACGUGCGCCGAAACACGUGAAUACGCUGCAUCUCCCACGCGGUAGUGGGCCCGUGAGCAGCGUAGCCAUGAUGCCGAACAACCGGCACAUUGUUUGCGGCUCCUUUGACAAUGUCCGUUUGUGGGAUAUGCAAGCUUCUGCCGACGUGGAUGUGCCGUUCAAAAUCGUCGCAGGGCAUCAUGGUGGCACGAUCUCGCAAAUCUUAAUCGACCCCUGUGCACGCUUCCUCCUUACAAGCUCUGGCGAUCGUGGUUGGUUUUCGUCCAGCACGGAGACGCUACUGCUGCAUGAGAUUAUGACAUUGUAG